CACUUCCGGCCUUCCACAAGCAACAGUUCGCCAUCUAGCAACAUUAUGUCAGCCAAAUACACCCUGAUCUUUGCCCUGGCGGCUCUCUGCUGCCUGGUGGUCUCCACCGAGUCGGCGGCUCAGCGCAGCCGAGUGCUCAGCUCUCGCCGUGGCUCCGAGCUGGUCGAGAAGACCUCGGACAACCAGGAGGAGUUCGAACUGGCCGCCCAGGAGCACGAGCUGCAGCGCCAGGAGCAGGAGGAGCACAACGACAAGCUGGAGGGACGCAGUGAUGAUCUUGCCGCGGGCACCGACAACAAACAGGACAAGGAGACCGCCACCAACAAGAAGGACACCAUCGUGAAGCCCAACAAGGAUGAUGCCCGUGCCCGCCGCAUCGUUCGUGCCGGUCGUCGUCGUGGUGGACGCCGAGGUGGUCGUCGUGCUGGCCGCCGAUCCGUGCGCCGUGGAGGACGACGAGGUGGACGCAGGCGCGGUGGACGACGUGGUCGUGCCGGUGCUCGCCGCCGCACCUCCAUCAAGAGGCGUUCCGGCAAGGGCAACAAGGCCUAA